CCCUUGUUUGCUCUCGUCCUGCCCUCUUCCUGCCCAUCAUUGAAAGAGCCUGCUGGUCAGCCGAGGGCGGAUCCUUCAGUCUCUUGUUCUGAGUCCGGCCUGCUGGGCGGGCGGUUCUCAUGACAGACAGGAGGCCCACUCCCUGCCCGGCAGCGCGGGGCUUGACUUCAGCUUACUUCAGCUCUUUAUAGUGACUUGAUAUUCCUGGGGCUGUUUGUCACGUCUCUGAAGCCCCAAAAUAAGCCGGCUUGUGUCGCUCCUGGGGGGGACCGGGUUCACAGCUCAGUGUGGAAGUGACCCUCCAGCCAUGUCUGUGUGCGCUCUGCUGCCGCCAGUGCCACGAGCAAGCCGCCAACCGGCCGCAACCCCGGGGCCCACUGAAAGCUGCCUGGACUGCUCCAAGGACGUUGAACAUUGUGAGUUCUCUGGACCUUCUGAACAAAGUGAUCAUUAUGAAUGCUGUGCUGAACAUGGUGAAAAUCACAGGUGCUGUAAGGCUUAUGCUGAACACAUUGUACACAGCACUGAGUCUCAGUGUUGUACUGAACACUGUGAGACAUGUGAAGAACGUGGUCCCUGUAAACACAGUGAGGUCUCUGAAUGUUCUGUGGAAUUCUGUGUGUGUCCUGAGCACCACAGACCUGAGGACAGUGAUCUCUCUGAGUGCUCUGCAGAGUACUUUGAGUGCACAGAAGACCCCAGAGCUGAACACAGUGAUAUCUCUGAAUGCUCUGUGCAUCCUGAAGAUCGUAGACCUUCCAAAGACAGUGACUUUUCUGAGUGCUCUGUGGAGUACUUUGAGUGCCCAGAAGACCAGAGACCUCCACACAGCAUCCUCCCUGAAUGCUGUAAUGACCACUGUGAGGCUUCUGUGUCUCUGGAGGUUCCUGAACAAAAUGGAUCCAGUGAUGUUUGUCAGGCUUCUGCAGGAGUUGAUCUUUGUGAAUGUUGCCCUGCAUGCUAUGGGAAUGUUUCUGCGUUGUGUCAGGCUUCUGAAGCUUUUGAGGGAUCUGAAUCCUCUUCGUCUCCUGUGUACUUGCAGGGUCCUGAAGAAUUUGACUCCAGUGAUUGCUCUGUGACAGAUUGUGCAGUCUGUAAUUACUUCAGAUUUUCUUUACAGAAUUUACAUUUGAAGAACUGUACUCAGGUCCCUGGGCAGAAUUGCAGUUCUUCUGAUUGCUGUCCUGAAAGCUACCAAAAUGAGGGCACACCACUAAGAAGCUCAGAACUUCAUACAUUAAGUAAGGAAAAUGGUCUCCCUGAACAGCACUACGAAUGCUGUGCCAUUUCUAAAGGGAAGGGCUCCUUGGAACAAGGUCAGAUUAAAUGCUUUAAUGAAGGUUGUGAGGUUGUGUAUAACCUUAUGCAGACUUCUGAACAAAGCAGCUUUUCUGAACACUGUGGUUCUGUGUCUUGGCAAAAUAUUGGGUCACUCCAGCAGCCGGAAGAUCCAUGUGAGUUUUGUGUUGAAUGCAUUGCACUACAGGACAGUGUGCCUACACAGCCAAGGACACUCUCUGAGCUCCUGGAAAACAAGGAACCUGAGCAAGGCGUGAUUACUGGACCUAGUGAGGUAUUAGAAGAUACUCAGCUCUCUGCAGACCAUGUGAUCUGUUACUUUUGGAAGCGGUCUGAAUGCAAUCAAGGUGAAUGUUCCCAUAUCCUGCAACACAAAGAGCUUCAUGUGCAAGAUCCUGAAUGCUGUGAAACCUCAGAACAAAGUGAUCUUUCUGAGCACCAAGAGACAUGUGAACAAAAUGAUCUUUCUGAACAAUGCGGCCCCUAUCCACAAAGUGAUAUUUCUGAACAAUGUGAGACCUACAAACAAAGUGAUCUUUCUGAGCACUGGAAUACCUACGAACAAAGUGAUAUUUCUGAACAAUGUGAGAUCUACGAACAAAGCGAUAUUUCUGAACAAUGUGAGACCUACGAACAAAGCGAUAUUUCUGAACAAUGUGAGACCUAUAAACAAAGUGAUAAUUCUGAACAAUGUGAGAUCUACGAACAAAGCGAUAUUUCUGAACAAUGUGAGACAUACGAACAAAGCGAUAUUUCUGAACAAUGUGAGACCUAUGAACAAAGUGAUAUUUCUGAACAACGUGAGACCUAUGAACAAAGUGAUAUUUCUGAACAAUGUGAGACCUUUGGAUAUGAUGAACCAUCUAAUCAAAUUGUCAGUCCUGUACACAGUGUUGGACACUGUGUGAAAAACACAAUCUGUCCCUCUGGUCAUGCUGAUGAACAGUGUGCAUUGUAUGAGUGCAUUGAGUCUUUGGGACAAAUUAAACGCUGUGACUCUGGAAACAAUAAGACUCCUGAAGGUAUGAAUUCCUCACUCAGGUCCUGUCUCUCUGAAGACAUUGCGUGUCUGCAUUUUACACAAAGUGGAACUCCUGAGCUCUUCACAGAAAUGCAGAGUCUUGUGAAGAACAUCACUCAGCAGAACGUGGAAAAGUUUGAUGAAAACUGUGUACCUCUUGGUACCUCUGAAGCAUCUGAGAAUUUUGAAUAUGGGGGGUAUUCUGAAAAAAAUAAAAUGGAAAAUGAUUGCAGUGCAUCUGAGCAGAGGGACCCAUCUGAGCACAAUAAGUUCUGUGAACACAAUACACUUUCUGAACUCUGUAAACUCUCUGUGCUCAGAGACCACAGUGAUGUUCAAGAGAACUCUGAUUCAUGCAUCUGUUUUGAGCAGCUGGAUCCCAGUGAAACAUGGGAGAACACUGAAGAAAAUGAGCCAUCCAGGCAUGAGGAACACCUCAAAAUUUCAGUUCUCACUGAGAUAAUUGAACCAGAGGAACCAGUAGAACACAGCCUUGAGCCAGAGGAACCAACAGGAGGCAGCCUUGAGUCAGGGGUACUAGAAAAAAAUAACAUUGAGGUAGGGAAACCAGCAGAACACUGCUCUGAACCUGGGAUACCAGUGGAACCAGUAGCACACAGCCCUAAGCCAGGAGAACUAGCAGAACGUAGUUCAGAAUCCAAGAAUUUGGCUGAACACAAUAGUGAACCAGGAGAAUCAGCAGAACACAGCUUUAAGCCACUGAAACUAGGAAAACGCAACUCUGAACCCAGGGAACAGGUUGAAGGCAGCCCUGAAUCUGGAGAACACAGCUGGGAAGCAGAGGAAGCAGCUAUACAAAGCCCUGAGCCAGGGGAACUAGCAAAACAUAACUCUGAACCUAAGGAACAGGCAGAACAUAACCUUGAAUCAGAUGACCCAGCAGAACACAGCCCUAAACCCAGGGAACCGGUGGAAUGUGACCUUCAGCUAGGGGAAAUCGAGAAACGCCGCUCUAAACCCAGGAAACCAGUGGUACAGAGCUGUGAAUCAAGGGAACUGAUUGAACACAGCUCUGAAUCCAAGGAACAGGCAGAACACCACCCUGAGCCAGAGGAACUAUCAGAACAUGGCUUUAAACCAGCGGAACAGCUUGAGCCAAAGGAAAUGACAGAAAACAGUCCUAAUUUCGGGGAACCGGUGGUGUCGAGCUGUGAAUCAGGGGAAUUGGUAGAACAUGGCUCUGAACCAAAGGAACUGGCAGAACAAAACCCUGAGCCAGGGGAAUCAGCAGAACAUAGCCUUGAACCAGCAGAACAAAGCUCUGAGCAGAGGAGCGUUCCUGGAUACAAUACUGAACUAAGCAAGUUGUCUGAUUUCAAUGCUGAGAAAAGGGAAUGGCCCAGCUCUGAACAAUGGGAACCAUCCAAUUUAAGAACAAAAUCGGAGGAACCAGCUGAACGGGGAGCUAAUGAAAGUGAACUAGUUAUACACAGUUUUGAACAAAGGGAACUCUCUUAUUGCGGUAUCAAAAAAAAUGAGGCACCUAAAUCCAGCUUUAAACAAAGCAUACUGCAUGACCACAGCCUUGACAACAGCCCUGAACACAGCCCUGAACAAAGGGUACCUCUUGGACCCAGUAUUGGAAUGUGUGAAUCUCUGAAACCAAAUGAGCAUUGUGAACCCCAUGAAGUAAGCAAGAUGCCUGCACACUUGUGUGAAGACAGGAAAUCUUCUGAAGAAGCUGAAUAUUAUGAACAAUUGAAGGUUUCUGAAAACAGUGAAUCUAGUGACCACGAUGAAUGUGCUGAAAAGAGUGAAUUUGAAUGCAGUGACAAUGGUGACUUUGGACACCUGAACAUCAUUUAUCAAAGUUCACACUCUGAAGAACUUGAUGAUGAGGCUGAAGUGUACGAUGACAGUGAUGUCUCUGAGGACUGCGACUGUCACUACUGCACUGGCUUUGAGGAACAGGUCCCAACAAAGACCCUGUUGCCUCAGAUAGAGUUCACAGAUGAGGGCAAGAUCUGUGUGGUCAUUGAUCUGGAUGAAACACUAGUUCACAGUUCCUUCAAGCCUGUGAACAAUGCUGAUUUUAUCAUUCCAGUGGAAAUAGAUGGCACCAUCCAUCAGGUAUAUGUGUUGAAACGCCCCCAUGUGGAUGAGUUUCUUAAGCGGAUGGGAGAGUUAUUUGAAUGUGUGUUAUUCACAGCCAGUUUGGCCAAGUACGCUGAUCCUGUAUCCGACUUGCUGGACAAGUGGGGGGCCUUCCACACCCGGCUCUUCCGGGAGUCUUGUGUCUUUCAUCGUGGGAACUACGUUAAGGACCUGAGCCGUCUGGGUCGGGAACUCAGCAAGGUCAUCAUCGUGGACAACUCCCCAGCAUCCUACAUCUUCCACCCAGACAAUGCCGUCCCCGUUGCUUCCUGGUUUGACGACAUGUCCGACACAGAGCUUCUUGACCUGAUCCCAUUCUUUGAAAGACUCAGUAAGGUUGAAGAUGUGUAUGCUGUACUCAAGCAGCAGAAGAAGACAAGCUAGCACAGUUUGGGAAGGGGAGGGUCCCCCACCCUCUUGAUCAGCACCUUCCCAGAAUUCCAUUUACAGGAAUUACAGGCUGGUGGCAACCUGCUCUUCAAAGGAGUCUCAGAGCUGUGAAGUACCUACAAGCGGAACCAUGAAUCCUUAACGAUUCCAUGCAGAAUGAUGCAGAGAGGAAGUUUCUCCAGCUUGAUGCUUUUGGCCUCAACUCUGUUCAUUCCUGCAUCACUGUUCUGCAGAUUCAGCUAAAAUGUUAGCUGUUUCAUGAUGAGAUGCGUGUGACUGAACACAGGCACAUUCUGAGCCCUUUGUGUUCUGAUGCAAUAAUCUCACUUGGACAGCAUGAUUGGAAAUCACCUGAGUCUUUAUUAUACUUCUUGCUUUUGAUUUUGUAUGUAUUUUUAAGAAAGAAAAACACCUUUUUCCCCCUUUGAAGAGGGAGCACAGGAAGGUCCCAUUUGCUUCAGCUCCAGCCUUUGAUAGACUGGAUUAACCUUCAACUCAUUGGCCUUGCAUUUCUAUCUUGGGCUCUGUCUUGUACUGUGUAUUUACAGAUACAUUGGUACCAGUCUGUAUGGUGGGAAUUUAUUUUUUAUACAUUUCAGGACAAAAGCAAGUCAGUUUCUUGUAUCUGUUAAAGUGGAUGUAUGUAUACAUUUUUAUACUGCAUUACAAUGUUGGUGAAGUGCACACCAUAUUUCUCUGUAUGUUAUGCUCUGAGGACUUUCUCUUCUGUCGUAAAAUGGUCCUGCUUGGUGUAACCAACUGUGCUCAGUCCCUCUAGUACUAUCUCCAACAUUAAACUGCACACUGGGUUUUUUUUUUUUUUUUUUUUUUAGGAAAAACGCAUGUUAAUUGUUCUGCAUAUUAUAUGAGCAAAAUUCUAGGCAUUUGCAAUUCUGUUCUGUUAUGAUUAAGGUAACAGUAGUACUUACCUGGAUAAUAGUAUUUCUUUUUGAGAGCUUGUAUUCAGUUAAAACAUGGGGUCACAUUUGACCACCGUACAAAUCCAACAUUUUAAUUUCAAAGUGUUUUCCGCUAGGGUCAAGCUUGUGUUGUACUGAGGGUAAUGCCAGUGUUAUGUGACUCUAUACAGGGGCAUUAUAGUAUUUUGGGACAUUCCCUGGAUUUCAGGGUUAAUCGCCACCUUACUUUGUCAUGUUUGCAUUUAAACAGCUAGGACAAGAUGUGCACUUUGAUCUCCAAAUACUUCACCAUAUUUCAUGUAAUUGCAAAAAAUAUUAUAAAGACCAUUUCCUGUUUAUAUUAUAAUUUUGAGCUGGUGGUUCAUAAGGAUUUUUUUAAAGGGAAAAUGGUUUUAGUCUGUUAAAUGAAACCAGCAUCUCCUGCUGUCAAUGGAAACUGCUGUACAGCCACAGGACUGUACGAGAUACUCUUUUGUCUGUAAUUAAUCCAUAAAGGGUGAUUUGCAGUAAACAA